CUGAUGCUUUAAUCCUGGGUCACAGAAAGUUUAAGACUGCUUUACUGUGGUGACUUUUUUCUUUUUGCCACAAGUUUUCCACUCUGAAAGGAUGUUAGGGGUUUUGCUGCUUGCGUUCUCCUUGGUUACCAUUGUUCAUUCUGAGCUCUGCAGACCAGAUGCACAGAAUGCUUUCAAAGUACGGCUUAGUAUCAAAACAGCUUUGGGAGAUAAUGCAUAUGCCUGGGAUGCAAGUGAAGAAUAUCUGUUCAAGGCAAUGGUGGCUUUUGCAAUGAGAAGAUAUUCCAACAAAGAAACAACUCAAAUUUCCAAUGUGCUGCUUUGCAAUAUGACAGAGAGGGUGUCAUUUUGGUUUGUGGUCACAGACUCUGCCAGAAACGUGACAACUGUUCCUGGAAGUGAAGUAGAGGCAGCCAUAAGGAUGAACAGAAACAGAAUCAACAGUGCUUUCCUACUGACAGACAACACACUGCAGUUCUUGAAAAUUUCCUCCACUUUAUCACCACCCAUUGAACCCACUGUGCCUGUCUGGCUUAUUGUGUUCGGUGUUGUUCUUUGCCUCGUUGUGGCUGCAAUUCUUUUCCUUGUUGUUUCAGGAAUCCGGAAACGCAAAAAAAAAAUAACAAUGAGUCUGCAGAGACAGGAGAUUUAGAAGACAAAUGUGACACACCAGUGACAACAGAAAAUGGGAUUCCCUGCGAUAUACUAGAUUUAAAAGCAGGCCAGAUUAAUGGAGUCUACGCAGCAGAUGAUGAACGGUUCACACCACUAUGAAAUGUCAGUUUCUUUUUGGCUUCUUUGAGAGAGACUGCACUAACUUUAUGUAGUCAUGACUGAUGAAUGUCAAACAUUAAGGCAAGAAAAAUAUGACUUGUCAGCAGGGCCUGCUCUAGCGUUUUUGCCGCCCCAAGCACCAAAAAAAAAAAAAAAAAAAUACCGCGAUUGCGAUCGGCAGCAGCUCUACCGCCACUUCAUUCUAUGGCGGCCUUUCAGCGGCAGGUCCUUCGUUGCGAGAGGGAGUGACAGCCCCGCCACCAAAUUGCCGCCGAAUGGCCAGACUUGCCACCCCCCUCUUCAUUGGCCGCCCCCGGCACCUGCUUGUCAUAACCUUGUCAGUUAUUUUCCCUUGAGAGACACUUUCCUUGAUAAAACACAAACACACAAAUCUGUAUUACAAAGCUAAAACAAAGGAAAACACUCAGUUGUUCAUUAAACAUUUUCAAGAAGUG